AUGAAGAUGCAGGAGCUUGCUGAUGAAUUUUCCCAGUAUCGUGACCAAACGAAUCAGCGUUUUGAGCAGUUAUUGCUCACCAUGGAAUCCAGGUUUCAAGAAGUUCAAUCGAACUUUCGCGAAUUGUUGACGCAUGGGUCAAAAUCGGCAGGUGCUACUCCGCUGCAUAGUUCUCAUCAUUCUAGUGGCGGUGAACAUUCCGGGGGACAUCAUGAGGAUCUUAGGGCUGUGUUGAAGUUUGUGAAACCCGAAAUACCCAAAUUUGAUGGGUCUGAACCAAAUACUUGGAUUUUCAAAGCAGAAUUGUUUUUUAAGAUCCAACAGGUUCCAGAGACAUUCAAGGUGGAUCUCGCUGGUUUGCGCAUGGAUGGUGUUGCUGCUGAUUGGUUUCAGUGGAUUUCAACAAGUGGAACCAUUAUAUCUUGGGAAACAUUUGUGAAAGCGGUACGUGAACGCUUUGGCCCUUCUAGUUAUAAGGAUAUUCGAGGAACGUUGGCUAAAUUGAUGCCGAAAGGUUCUUUGGCUGAGUACAUGGCUGAAUUUCAGAAGUUGAUGAACCAGGUAACCAAUGUGGGUGAUGAUUUGUUGAUGACAUUUUUUGUUGCUGGUUUGCAAUCUGAUCUUCAAGGUGCUGUCCAAUUACGUUGGCCAACUACACUGCAUCAAGCUAUGCAGUUAGCUAUUGCUUAUGAUAACCAUCAUUGUGAAUUGAGGUCUUCUCUUACGACUCCACAAAGGAAGUUCUUUCCAAAGACCAAUUUCGCUGAUAAGGUAGUUUCUUCUUCAUCACCUAUUGCAUCACAGAAUAGUGCUCUGUCUACUACUGCUACUGAAUCCUUACCAAUUAAGAAAUUGUCUUCUGAUCAAUUAAGACAAAGGAGGGAAUUGGGAUUGUGUUAUACAUGUGAUGAAAAAUGGACCAAUAAACAUCGUUGCAAGUCCAAAAUGUUAUUCAUGAUUGUAGAUGAGGAUGAUCAAGAAGGGGAAUCUGAGGAGGAGAUUUUGUGGUGUCAAACUGAUAAUUCAGGUCCUAAAAUAGAUGCUGCAUUGCAUUCUUUAUCGGGUCCUGCUGAUGCUAGAUCACUAGUACUGAUUGCCUUGGUUAAUAGUCGCGAGGUUCAGGUGUUGAUUGAUUCUGGUAGUUCACAUAGCUUUAUCAGAAGAGAUUUAGCUACUCAACUUCACUUACCAAUAAUCAAAUCUCCAAAGAUGAGGGUUUUUAUGGGUAAUGGAGAGUUUUUAAAGUGUGACAAAAAAUGUCCUAAGGUGAAAUUGUGUAUUCAAGGGCAUUGUUUCGAAACUGAUUUAUUUGUGGUGGACCUCUGUGAUCUCAGCAUAGUGUUGGGGAUGCAAUGGUUGGUGACUUUGGGCAGAGUUACUCACCAUUAUAAGGAGUUGCUGAUGGAAUUUCUUUGGCAAGGGAAACUCAUUACAUUACAAGGUGGUACCCAAUUACAGAAUUCCGAGUCUGAUGUUAUUGCUGACACCAACUGCCAUUUUCUCCUAAGCCAAGACCAAGGUAUCCAAGAAGAGCAAGUGUUUGCUACUCCUAAGGUGUUACCCCCUUUUAGGGACAGUACUCAUGCCAUUCAGCUAUUAGAUAAUUCUCAAUCUGUUAAGGUCAAGCCUUAUCGGUACCCUUAUCAUCAUAAGGCCGAAAUUGAGAGACAAGUUGCUGAGUUAUUGAGCAAUGGCUGGGUGCCUUUUCUUCUCCGGUGUUAUUAG